AUGGGUGAAGUCGGCCGGUCUGCUGUUUACGCCUGGGGCUCAGCGUCGUUUGGGAGGCUCGGCACUGGUAUGGCCUCGGGAACAGCUCGAAGGCCGAGACGAGUUGUGGGAGGAGCCCAUGAGCGAGUUCCCAUCGUCGACAUCUCCUGUGCGGCACAUCAGACAUUCCUAGUUAUGUCGUCGGGUGCAUGUCUGGCUGCCGGUGAGGGCCUCACACGAGAUGGUGUGUAUGAUAACAGUAGUCGAUUGAGAGGUACCAACAUCACUGGGUGCCUCGGUGAUGAUAGUAUUCCCACUGAGGGUGAGGAAGCAGUAGCAAUGCGGCUAGUCCCAAAGCGAAUAUCUUCUAUCCCUCUUGAGUGGAAGGUUAAACAGGUUUCCUGUGGGUCGGACAUCACGAUGGGCUCGCAUACGGUCUUGCUAACGGCUAGUGGCAAGGUGUUCGCUUUCGGCCGCGCCCUAUACAGGCGGCCACAUAACGGGGGUGACUACCAGCUUCGUCCCAAGGCUGUGAGGUUGGACUUUCCGGUUGAAAGUGUGGCUUGUGGGGCCGCCCAUAUGCUGUGUGUUGGUGUGAAUGGAAAGCUCUGGGGCUGGGGAGACAACUCGGCAGGUGUUCGGGUCCGUACGGCUGAGUGUAGAAAGGAUGCUGUAGUUUUCACUACGACCGACGAUGUGGUAUAUGAAUGGAAGUUGGCGCCUGGAGAAGUAGCUAGACGAGGCACUAUGGCGAAUAUGGACAUCAUUGCUACUGACGAUGAAUCUCCAAGCGAUGACGAGGGAGGUCUCGAGGAACGAAUCGGCGACGGUGUGGUACGCCUAGUGCAGUUCCCAUUGGCUCGGAACAUCAUGGUGAGCUGUGGUCCCGAGCACACUGUCGUGGCCGCACAUCUCGGCCAUCGUGCUCUACUCGACUACGGCAAGUGUUUACUGGAAGGGCGGCGCCCACUUCCUUAUGCUGACUCUCUGCUAGCUGGCGUGCCUGUCCAUACCGCGCUGCUUAGGCAUCGACUCUCUCCUAGUGCCUUCCUAGGGGUCAUUCAACCCCAACUGGAAAGAAUCAACCAUGAGGGUGACGUUUUGCUGAGUGUUGUAGAGGACUACAGGGCGAACUCUCUGGCCAAGGCUGGUGGUAGUGCUCAGAGUGAGAGCACCGCAGAGCGGUCUGAGCGGCCCAGCAGAGUCGAAUGCCUUAUUGACUCGAUACUGGGUGAUGAGGGAGAUGCACAGGACCACCUUGGUCGUUUCCCUGAUACCCCUAGUGCGUUGCGGCUGUCAACCCUGCCCAAGUCGGUCGUGAUUUCCUUCGUGUACUUCCUCUAUACUGACAAUCUUCCACCCAUUACAACAACUGAUGAUGAUGCUAGGGCUCGGGCCACUCAUCUCGUUCACAUCGCACGGUGUCUCGGUCUCCCACGGCUUCUGGCGCUAGUGAAUGCUGAUGACGAUGACACAGGGCUUUCUUGCAUCCCUAGAUUGAUGCUCGGUAUGUUCAACGAGCCCUGGCCAGAGUAUCUAGAUGUCGAUCUGGCCUGUGCUCCUGCUGCUGUCGCUGUGGGUCAAUCGUCAUCGACGACGACACGUUUAAAGGCCCAUAUGUUCCUCCUGGCCGCUUACGAUCUCUCACCGACCCAAUUUGAGACAAUCCCAGUCGACUUCGCUCAUGCCAUAUUGUGCUUCGUAUACACAGAGCGCCUUCCUUCCGAUCUGAGGCUUCCGACUAAGCAUUGGAUAGCCUUCGCUGAAACGGUGUCGGCCUUGGGACUGUAUUCCCUCGCGGCGGUUGCCUCUGACAGAGUGAUGAGUAGGCUAUCGGAGAAGACUUGGGCAACGCUCGCGAUCGAGACAGAAGGCUCCCAGGCCUGUAAAGUGGUUCAUGCGGCAGCACUAGGAUGUGGUGUGACUGAGGCCACGCUUCAUGUUCGACAUCGUAUGAACGACUUGGGUUGGUUCACUGAGCCCGAGGACUUGAACGAGGUCGAGCCUAGAGUUGAAAAGCUGCUUGGUGCCUUGUCGACGACACAUGAGCAAGUCGGGUUCCUACGGAAAAGACGUCCCGGUCUCUACAAUGAACUCAAGGAUAGUGUGAGUGGCAGAGGUGAAUCUUGUGGAGAGUGGUUCCAUACCGAGGUCUCAAGUGAUGUGAAGAAAGCCGUUCAAGCGGAGUUGGUCGUCAUGCAGCAUAUCUCGUAUUACGAUAAGCUCAGCAAAGGCGAUGACGGUGAGUUCGAAAGGGGCAUUCAUCAUCCUCUUACGCUUGACCAUUCAGUAGCCACAUCAGCAUCAUCUGGACCAGAGUUCCAUACACCAAUUAUCCGCUGUGUGUUGGAGCUCUUGGCACUGGUAUCCGUCUCUGGGGUCAUUGUUACGAUGGUGAGUAUUCUUGCUACUGCUCGUCUCGCUGUGGAGCAAUAUGAGAAAAUAUGCAAAUGA